CAGACACACACACAGACACACACACACACACACACAGACAGACAGACACCGACACACACACACACAGACACCGACACACAGAAGUUUCAGUGUGUCUACAUUGAAGGACGAGGAGAGAAGGAGACGAGGAGAGAAGGAGACGAGGAGAGAAGGAGACAUGGAGAGAAGGAGACAUGGAGAGGAGGAGACAUGGAGAGAAGGAGACAUGGAGAGGAGGAGACAUGGAGAGAAGGAGACAUGGAGAGAAGGAGACAUGGCCUGUUGCUUGCAUGGACUCGUGUUGAGAUGACUGGUGACACGCUGCCCUCUGCUGGACACAGACAGCACUACAAGCUGCUCACUGAUGAUCUAUGCCUCUGCAGCAAUGAUCUCUGGGAGUUUGAGUCCACUCCAUGUUUGCAGGCCGAGCAUCGGUGUCGGGAGCGGCGACUGGAGGAAAAGGCGGGAAAUUUUCGGUGGAGGAGCUGUACGGGUUCAAUAAGAAGCGUAAGGUGAACAAGGGGCAUUGUGGGACAUCAGAGACUACAGAAAAAGAAGAAUCUGUGCUGAAGUCUCAGAUCCUCGAGGCAGCGAGGACGCUGAUGGAGAGACGUCGACUGGAGAUUUACCUGAAGGAGUGUGAUGUCACCCUGGAGUCGAGCAACAUGCCAUACAGGAAUCUUGGGAAAUCUGGACUGAGGGUGUCCUGCUUAGGACUGGGAACAUGGGUGACAUUUGGCUCUCAGAUCUCUGAUGAGAUGGCAGAGAGUGUGAUGACGUUGGCAUACGACAGCGGGGUGAACUUGUUCGACACGGCAGAGGUUUACGCGUCCGGCAGGGCAGAAACGACUCUGGGAAACAUCCUGAAGAAGAAAGGAUGGAGGAGGUCCAGUUAUGUGGUGACCACCAAGAUCUACUGGGGAGGACAGGCAGAGACCGAGAGAGGGUUGUCACGGAAACACAUCAUCGAAGGACUGCGUGGAUCUCUCUCCAGGUUACAGUUGGACUAUGUGGACAUCGUCUUUGCCAACAGGAGUGAUAUCGAUGCACCAAUGGAGGAGGUGGUUCGUGCGAUGAGCUUUGUCAUCGAUCAGGGUUUGGCCAUGUACUGGGGAACGUCUCGCUGGAACGCUGUGGAGAUCAUGGAGGCGUACUCGAUAGCCCGACAGUUCAAUCUGGUCCCUCCGGUGUGUGAACAGGCUGAGUAUCAUUACUUCAACAGAGACAAGGUGGAACUACAACUCCCAGAGCUGUACCACAAGAUAGGUGUUGGAGCAGUCACCUGGUCUCCGUUGGCCUGUGGUCUUCUGACAGGAAAAUACAACGAGGGAGUACCAGAGAGCUGCAGAGCUAACAUCAGGGGCUAUGAUUGGCUGAAGGAGCGUGUCUUCAGCGAUGAAGGGAAGAAGCAGCUCAGUAAAAUCAGAGAGCUCCACCUGCUGGCUGACAGACUGAAGUGCACUGCUGCUCAGCUGGCGAUAGCGUGGUGUCUUCGUAGUGAGGGUGUGAGCUCGGUUCUUCUCGGCGUGUCGAACACGGAACAACUGUUGGAGAACUUGGCUGCUAUCAGGGUUCUAACUCAGCUGACUCCACCCCUCAUCACCGAGAUGGACGCGUUGCUCGGCAACAAGCCGAGAAACAGCAAGAAGGAGGCGAGGAGCUGAGGAGGAGGAAGAGGAGGUGGAAGAGAAGGAGGAAAAGGGGGAGGAUGAAGAAGAGAAGGAGAAUUAUGAGGAGG